AUAGACACACACGCUGCACUUAUCCCACCAAAUUGGAGUUCAGAUUUAAGUUUUAUUGAUCGCAAACAAGAGCGGAAAUGGCAACUGGUCAAGUUAUGUCUAUUUGCGCUCCCAUGAUUUCCAUCCUCCCCCACCGCCCGAUGAUCGUUGCUGCCGUCGAGCAGCGUGGCCGACGGACGUUCAGGCGAACUCUGCACGUCCGAUCAUGCAGUGGCACUAGUCAUGUGGCUCCCUUGCGGCGGUCGGGGAAUUAUCACCCAAGCCUAUGGACGGACAAGAGUGUGCAAUCCCUCACGAGCACCUCCACAUUGCAAAAAGAAGAGGAACGUGAGAGAAUAAAUGUACUGAAGGAACAAACCAGGAAGCUGAUACGCGAGAAGCAGCAAGUAGCAGAGCAACUUCAACUGAUCGACCACCUGCAACAGCUUGGCGUGGCUUACCACUUCAAAGACGAGAUUGCAAACGUUUUAAGUCGUCUUCAUGCUUCUUUAGACCAUGUGAGCUCGGAGCUGAAGGACGAUCUGCAUGCCACAUCGCUGCUCUUCAGGCUCCUGAGAACGAAUGGCUUCUCUGUUUCACAAGAUUUGUUCGAGAGAUUUAGAGACGAGAAGGGAAACUUCGAAGCUCGCUGUGAGAAUCAGAUCAGAGGGCUUCUGAGUCUGUACGAAGCUUCUUACCUCGAAAAGGAAGGAGAGACUUUGCUGAAGGAAGCCAUGGAUUUCGCAACCAAGCAGCUGAAAGGAUUCCUGGAGGAGGGAUCUGUUCCUGAGACUGGCGGUCUCAGAGAGCAGGUGGCCCAUGCGCUGCAGCUUCCACUGAAUUGGCGGCUGGAGAGAGUGCAGCACAGGUGGUUCAUUGAAGCAUGCCGUGGCGACGACACUAUCAACCCCCCUUUCCUGCUGGAGUUUGCUAAGCUCGACUUCAAUCUGGUUCAGGACAUGUACAAGAGUGAACUCAGAGAGCUCUCCAGAUGGUGGUCGGGGCUCGGGCUUGUAGAGAAGCUGCCAUUUUUUAGAGACAGAUUACUUGAAAACUAUCUGUGGACACUUGGUUUCACUUAUGAACCAGAAAGUUGGAGAUGCAGAAUGAUCCAAGCAAAGUCCAUCUGCUUGAUUGCAUUGAUUGAUGAUAUUUACGAUGUCUAUGGAGCCUUGGAUGAACUCCAGCCCUUCACUGAUGCUGUCUACAGAUGGGACUUAACUGCCAUGGACAAGCUUCCAGAGUACAUGAAACUAUCUUUCUUUGCACUCUUCAACAUGGUGCACGAAGAAGGCUACCGGGUGAUGAAGGAGACAGGCUUGGACGUUGUGCCUGGUUUAAAGAGAGAAUGGAGGGAUCAAUGCAAAGCAUUCUUUGAGGAAGCAAAAUGGUUCCACCAUGGCCAAACCCCGAAGCUCAAUGAGUACUUGGAGAAUGCAUGGGUAUCAAUAGGUGGUCCAAACAUUCUGUUUAAUGCUUACUGCAUGAGCAAAGACUUAACUGGAGAGGCCUUGAAAUUUUAUCCCAAUUACCAUGAGAUCACACGCUCCUCCAACAUACUUUUUCGUCUUUACGAUGAUAUGGGAACUUUCACGGAUGAGAUAGAAAGAGGUGAUGUGGCGAAAUCUAUUCAAUGCUACAUGCACGAGAAAGGUGUCUCAGAGGAAGUGGCACGAGCGAAGAUAAGAGAAUUGAUGAGGAAAUAUUGGAGAGAAUUGAAUGCAUCUCUUAGUUGGGAUUCUCCAUUAGAGGAGUACUUCAUGAAUAUACAAGUUAACAUCCCUCGGACGGCGCAGUUCUUUUAUGAUCACGAAGGAGAUGGAUAUGGCAAGGCAUAUGGAGAAACUAAGUCUCAGAUCAUAUUGCUAUUAUUCGAACCUAUCCAAAUUUAAAAUGAAUUCAUAUAAAUUGUACCCUCUAGCCAGAGGGAUCUAUAAAGUAUUAUCGAAUUAAAUAAAUGGAAAGUUAUUCUAUUGUUAU